UCUGUGCAAAAAAAAAUUUAAAAAAAAUUAAAAAAAAAGCGAAAACCCAGCCCCAAAACCUGACAAAAUCUUUGGUGCCUUUAACCCCGGGAAUUCCUUCCUUUCCCCUCAAUCCCAAAUGCUUCCUUUAAAACCAACCUGGUUUUUAUCCUAAUGCUCCAUUCUCAGGUGUUUUGCAACAUAUUUCCUAUUUAUAAAUCAUGGGGCUCUGCAAGGCAGGGAAGGAAUGUUUCAAGUUGGUGUUAAAUAUUCAUGAGCUCCUGUCAAUGACAGAGCACCCUGUCCCAUAACGUUCCUGCUAAGUUGGACGAGAACUCCAGCUCUUUUCCAGUCCUUUGUUAGGAUUGAGCUUGUCAGGGACAAGAAUCAGAGGUUAUUUUAUCACAGGUUAUUUUAUCAAGCUUUUCCCCCCCAUUUUUAAGGCCAAAACCUGGGAAUACAUUCCACAGUACCUUCCAGUGCAGGUGUUUUGGUGCUGUGAGAUUUUGCAAAUAAAUGUUGCAGCUCCCUGAAAUAUCCCAGAUGUGAAAAAUUUAGCAAGCAUAGAACACAAAUUAUCCCUGUGGAGUUUUUUCCUGUGUUUGUAUCAGUUUGUGUCCUAUAUCCCUAAAUUCUACACCUAUAUUUUUAUUUUCUGUGCUGAGGAAUGUGGCAGUCUAGAUUUGUGAUUCUCAGAUUUUGUAGGAUCUAUCACCUCCAAAGCUGGAAUGAUCUUUAAGGUCCCUCCCUGCGAUUCUGGGAUAAUAUAAUUUAUUUCCAAAACAAUUUCACUUAAAUCCCUUGGAUUUUCACUUUCCAAAGGGGGAAAGUUCUGCUGUGUUGCAGAUAAAGUGAAGGAAGUUUGAGGGAUCUGUUCCCAAAUCUUUGGCCACAGGAAACUUCAUAAAUGGGAAAAGAACCUUCUCUGUGGGAAGGGAGCAAAACAUCAAAGCUGUGUCAGUAUAGCAAAUUCUGGUCUCAAAAUGCAGAUAUUUCAUUAAUGACAUGAUAUUAAAUAAUUCUGUUUAAGAUGAAAGCAGAGUGACAGAAUCAGCAUCCUGCUGGAAAAAAAAAUAAAAAAAAUCCAUCCAUUCCCUGAAUGAGCUCAGUAAUUGCAUUUCACUAAAUAGUAUUUCAAAUUCUGGUGCAUUUCAGGGUUUUCUAAUCACAAAAACAACUCAGGAAAUGGAAUUUGGGCUCUUCCUGCCUGGACAAACCCCCAAAAUUCAAUGACACAGCAAUGCCUAAUUCCAAGUAAAUCCAGUUCAGUGACACAGCAAUGCCUAAUUCCAAUUAAAUCCAGGCACACCAAACAUGGAUCUCAUUAAAUAUGCACCAUUCCAUCAUAUUUUUAUGACCUCUGUGGUUUUAUAACUUUGUGGGUAGCACAGUAACAACCUCUGUGUCCGAACCCAAGGAUUAGAUCCCAUCCCAACGUAGGAAACCAGAUCCAAACACAAAUCCCAGCGUUCCCAGUGGAGAAGGGAGGCAGGGAAUGAGGAGAAACCUUGGUGGGAAAAGGGUUUUAAGCCUCCCCGGCUGGCAAAUCCUCCUGGAAGGAUCCAUCCCAGUUUUUUGUGCUUUCAGGGUGGUGAAGUUCCGCCGCACGGGGGAGAGCUCGAGGUCGGAGGAGGAUGGAAUUUCGGGAGAGCACGAGGUGCAGAUCGAGGGGGUGAGGACGGAGCUGGAGCCGGUGGAGCUGGAGGAUGGAGCUGCAGUGCCCAAGGAAUUCGCCAACCCCACAGAUGAUACUUUCAUGGUGGAGGAUGCAGUGGAAGCCAUUGGAUUUGGGAAGUUCCAGUGGAAGCUCUCUGUCAUUACUGGAUUGGCAUGGAUGGCAGAUGCCAUGGAAAUGAUGAUUUUAAGUAUCCUUGCUCCUCAGCUGCACUGUGAGUGGCGCUUACCCAGCUGGCAGGUUGCAUUGCUCACCUCGGUGGUGUUUGUGGGAAUGAUGUCCAGCUCCACGCUCUGGGGAAACAUUUCAGACCAAUAUGGGAGAAAAACAGGCCUGAAGAUCAGUGUAUUGUGGACUCUCUACUACGGGAUCCUCAGUGGAUUUGCUCCCAUUUACAGUUGGAUCCUGGUGUUGAGGGGCCUGGUGGGCUUUGGGAUUGGAGGAGUGCCUCAGUCGGUAACUUUAUAUGCUGAGUUCCUUCCAAUGAAAGCCAGAGCAAAGUGCAUUUUAUUAAUAGAGGUGUUCUGGGCCCUUGGGACUGUGUUUGAAGUGCUCCUGGCAGUGGUGGUGAUGCCCACGCUCGGCUGGCGCUGGCUCCUCAUCCUCUCUGCCCUCCCACUCCUGCUCUUUGCUGGCCUGUGUUUUUGGCUGCCAGAAAGUGCCAGGUAUGAUGUGUUGUCUGGGAACCAGGAGAAAGCUCUGGCCACUUUGAAGAGGAUUGCCACAGAAAAUGGAGCUCCAAUGCCCUUGGGAAAACUGGUGGUUUCCAGGCAGGAGGACCGAGGCAAAAUGAGGGAUCUUUUCACCCCCCAUUUCCGCUGGACCACCUUGUUGCUCUGGUUUAUUUGGUUUUCCAAUGCUUUUUCGUAUUAUGGGUUAGUUUUAUUAACUACAGAGCUCUUCCAAGCAGGAGAUGUUUGCAGCAUAUCCAGCAGAAGGCAAGAAGUAAAAGCCAAGUGCAGCCUGACCUGUGAGUACCUGACAGAGGAAGAUUACACUGACCUGCUCUGGACAACCCUGUCAGAAUUCCCUGGGGUGUUGGUGACCCUGUGGAUCAUCGACCGCAUUGGCCGCAAGAAAACCAUGGCCCUGUCCUUCCUUGUCUUCUCCUUUUGCAGCCUCCUGCUCUUUCUCUGUGUUGGAAGAAAUGUUCUUACUGUGCUGCUCUUCAUUGCAAGAGCUUUUAUUUCAGGAGGAUUUCAGGCUGCCUAUGUUUACACUCCUGAGGUUUAUCCCACAGCCACACGUGCUUUGGGCCUGGGAACAUGCAGUGGAAUGGCCAGAGUGGGAGCCCUCAUAACCCCAUUCAUUGCACAGGUGAUGUUGGAAUCUUCAGUCUAUCUGACUCUGCUGGUUUACAGUGGCUGCUGCCUGCUGGCUGCCCUGGCCUCCUGCUUCCUGCCCAUCGAGACCAAGGGCCGUGGCCUGCAGGAGUCCAGCCACAAGGAAUGGGGCCAGGAGAUGGUGGGCAGAGGAUCUCAUUCCCCAGGGGAAUCACAGGAAUGAUGGGACACGGAAACCUGCUGGAAGAGUGAAGGAUAGGAGCGAGAUGUCUCACAAAACCUCCGAGCCUGAAGCAUGGAAAGCUGACCACCAUCACUGCCAUCCUCACGUGUCAAACUGCAGGAGUUUGGGGUUGAACCUCAGCAAAUUGUGUUUCUGCUGCUCUUUGCUCACACUCAUAAAAAAUUUUUUGGAUGGAGAAGCCUCUGAUGCAGAUACCCUUGGAAGUUUAGCAGGAGGGGUUUCUCUUCAGUCUGUUGUGCUUGCAUGGUCAGCUCUUCAGCUUAAAAUGUCCUGUGCCAAGCAAAUGCCAAGUGACUGCAGCCCAGCAUAAGCUGUCAUUAAAACACUGAGCUCUUGAUGCCUAAAACCAAGAGGUUCAUCUUUAGGGUGUUCCCUGGCCUGGCACAGGGUGGAUUCCAUCCCUACCACUGUGGAUUAAAUGCCUGCCUUGCACUUUUAGCCAUCAAAACCAUCACCAAAAUGUGGUUCCAUCAAACCAACCCAGGCUUUCCAGUUGGGUUUUGUUCCUGGAGAGUGGAUUGCUUGGAAACUGAUUCCUGACUGUUUCUCCCAUCCCAGGUGGGUAGUUGGAGCAGGGAGGGUGGUGUUUGCUGCAGAGCUGCGAGCUUGUAGCAGAAAUGUAAAUCACAGAGUCAUUAAGGUUGGAAAAGACCUCCAAGCUCAUCAAGUCCAAUGUGUAAAUCCUCAUGUCUUGGAGCAGAAUUGGACUUCUCUGGCAUUGCCAGGGGCCUUUAGCUCUCUGUCUGGUGCUUGGAGUGAGGAGGUUCUCACUCCUGGGGUUCUCUGUGUGGAUCCAGGUGUGGGCCUGCUCCAUUACCUGGGCACAUCUUCAUGGUGAGGCAGCCAGAGCUGGGAGCUGCUGUUGGGAUGGAGCCACUCCCUGGCAGCUGGGCAGGACCUUUCCUGCUGAUUGUACAUUGACUGACAAAGGAAUGUAGCUGGAAUAAAUGCACAAAACCAUGGGAAGAGCCCAUCUGUAGUGCUCUUGGAUGAGGAACAUCCCUCCUUCAGGUGUGGCUCCUCAAGGGAUGAUCCCACUCUUGUCAGGGAAUGUAACAGAGCUCAGGUGAGGACAAGCUCGUCUGGUUUGUCACAAACCUGUCCCUGGGCACAAGUCAGGUGGCAGAGUCUGUGGGAAUGUGUAGAGGUCUGAGAUGUGCCUCAUCAGGGUCUCAGUGGAUGUUCAGGAUUCCAGACCUUGGGACACACAACCAAAUCUGGGUGAGAUGGACUUGGUGAGGCUGUGGGAGCAAUGGGGAUUUGUGAUCUGUCUGAGCAAGUGACUCACCUGAACACAAGUAAAUGUGCAACACAUUUUUACAGUUGAACAUUUUAAGUAUCCUGGGAAGCAGGUCCCAUUCCUGGGGUCAGGAAUAGAUCUCCAAGUCCGUGUUUGGUGCAGUACAAGUGAGCACUGUGGGGCACAGCUGUCACUGAGGGACACAGCUUUGAGGUCACUGCAAUGCUCCACCAUGAGUGCCAGGCUGCUCAUUUGGAGACUGAGGGGAGUGGAAAAUUCCUUAAAGACAGCCAGGAGACUCAGGCUGAUGGAAAAGGCCAAAGAGGUUGAAAUUGUGAGAGGGGAGAUGUUCUGCUGAGAACUGAGUUUGCCAAGGCACCGAGUGUCCAUCCAGUCCCACUGGAGGACGGUGAGUGAAGAAUUCCAGGAAAAGUUGGUGGAAGCAGGCAAACUUGGCUUUUCCAAGCAAGAUGAAAAUGAAUUCAGCUCCCAAGAGAUCCUUAGGAUCCCUGGGCUCAGCUGUGGGUGAUGGCACAGAACCCUCUGUCCGUUCCAGCUGGGUUGGUUCCCUUUGUGUCCCCUGUCCCUGUGUCUUCACACUCCACCAAAAUCAAGCUCCAGCUGAUCCCAGUAAACAGACAGGGCUCUCAUGGCACUGACACCAACCACAGCUCAUUUGUUCACCUCCUUCUGCCAGGCUGGGGUUGGGUCCUUCCCUUUGUGUGCCUAGGGCAGCCUGGAGCAAAGCCAGAGGGACUUGUUCCAUGGAAUGCCAGAAUUCCAAAGCGAUUUGGGUUGGAGGCACCUUAAAGCUCAUCCAGGCAGGGACAUUUCCCACUAGAUCAGGAUGCUCCAAGCCUCAUCUACACCUGACCUUGAACACUUCCAGGGAUGGGGAACCUCUGCUUUCACUUGGGCUGGCUUCUGAUGUGCUGGAUAUGGAACAUAGCAGUGAGGAAGCAGAUCCUGGAUGGGUUUAACCAGAUAUCACCCCACAUGUGUGGCCAGUGGGCUGGAAAAGCUGCUGGGCUGGGAUCUCCUGGAGCUGAGUUUGCCUGUGCACAGUCAGGCUGUUCACCCCUCAGUGACAGCUCUGACAUUCCAUCCUCAUCCUGCUGCUGGUGGAGGCCCUCGAGGCCAUUCCAGUCCCCCAGGUGUUUCCAUGCUUCCUUCCUUGGGCUUGCCAUGAGCUGGGUUUGCAUCCCAAAACUCUGGAACUGAGCCUGGGCAGAGGUGACAGAGAAUCCAAAGUGCAGGACAGGCCUGGCCCGAAGGAAUUCCCCCCACCAUGGGCCAGUUUGUUACUCAAUGCCUUGAGUUAAAAUUCUGCUUUCCCAGGGGUAAUGUUCACAUCUCACUUCAUUUUUUUUAGGUGAAUUAUUCAGCAUUUUUAAAGAAUUGCAUUCAACGGCCUUUAGAGAGUUUUAGGUGAAGUUUAUAUGUUCAUGCCCACCUGGAUCCUACAGAUAAGCUACUUCCCAGGUAAAGAUUUUAUAGGGAAUGCAACAUUUUCCAUGCUGUUGAAUAGAUCAGUUUUAACCUGUGACAUUUACAGUGUUAACCAAAAAAUGGAAGGCAUUUUUGCUUUUCACUUUUUAUGAAUUCUGCACUAAAAAAAAAAAAAACUAUUUAAUGAUAGAAAUACCAAGAUUGGUGUUGCUGGGUCUUUGAUUUUGUUAAAGCUUGAUCCAAAGCUCACUGAAAUCUGGGAAAAUCUGUGGAUAUCCAUGGGCUUUGGAUCAGCUGAAUGAAAGGGAGAGGUAGGAGCCCACCACAGCUGAUCCCACCUGGCUGAAUUCAGCAGGAGCCCAUUGGGCACUGGAGAAACAGAUCUGGAAUUGAGAAUUUGCAGGAAUUUGCAUAUAAUUAAUAAGAGAAGGCCAUUUCAGCUUGCUCACUGAGAACACUGGGGUUGACACACACCAGUUCUAAAUCACCACUAGAUUUUAUCAGUAGGGCAGCACCAUUUAGGUACAAAAUAAACUUCCAAAGAGUCCUUUUCCACACUGGGUAUUUUUCACUGGUAAAGGAAUUACUGCAACUGCUUUGUUUCAAACAGGAAAGUGAGAUCCUUUGGAAUUCCAACAGAAUUGUGGGAUUUGGUUUUGCCAAGUGUCCAAGAUAGCCAAGCUGGUGUGGGAAUGUAAUUCCCCAAGUGUGCUUGGAUGGGAUGAUUUGUUAUUCCCAAAUACUUGCUGAAAGAGCAGCGAAUGUUUCCAUGUCUGAAUGUACAGUUUCUAAGCUGGAUUUACAUUUUAAUGUUGAAAAACUUGGUGUAUCUCAAGCUUGUUGUAAAAUACUCCUCUGGUUCCUGUUCCCAAUGUGGCAUUGGAGAGUUGAAGUCCACAUUAGAUAUUUUAUGUUAAACAAAUAAAUAGUUUUUUCAGGAAA